UCAAACGCCUUAAAAGGCCGAGCCGGAGCUGCAAACGGUUUAGUUCCUCGCCGCAAACAAAACUAGUCACAACAACGUGGAGCGGAAGCCAGCAGCCCCAAAGUGAACCAGUUAACAGCCAGAGAUAUAGUCUGAGAAAGAGAGAGCUUUUGGAAUCAGGAGCAAGUUUGUCAGAGCCAAAGUGAACGUAGCUUUUGACGCGUUCGAACCACACUCGUUUGAUUCAUUGCCACCGAGCCACUGAACCGCCUCGCAUUCCGCACAUUCCGCACAAUACCAAAAAAAAAAUCCGCCGAAAUGUUGCGGACCUUUGCCAUUCUGCUGCUGAUCGUAGUUGCUGUAAACGCGAGAGCUGCUCCUCAGAAAACCACAGUUUCGCCGGACUAUGAAGCCACCGAGGAGGUGGAAUCCUCCACCUACAUGUCCGUGGAGGAGGGCACCAUCACGGUGGACGUCGACUCAGAUGUGAUAUUGACCACCAGUCCCGAGGGGGAGGCCUUCACCGAAGCCAGCCCGAUAGUUACGACGGAGGAGCCACUUCCGGAUUCCGUGGUGCAACAGCUGGAGAUGGAGCGCGCUCGGGAGGCACAGCUCAAAAAUCCCGAAGAGCCGGAAGCCGAACUCGAUUCUGAGUCGGAGGAGGAGGAUCAGACAACAUCAACAAAUACGGAACCACCAAAGUCUAAUAAUUCAGAGAGCACCACCAAGCGAAGCUUUAAGUUCGGAGCCACCACACUGCCACCGAGUUUCAUCAUAACCACGAGUGGCCUGGAGAUCACCACUGUUCUGCCACAGGAUCUAGCCACGACUCCUACUGCAGAGACCGAGGAAACCACCGUCAAGGAGGAGGUCAAAACCACCAGAAACUACUUCCAGCGGAAGCCCGCACAUAUGGAAGAAAUUGAACUGGACAUGGCGGAGAACCGCAUGGAAACGACCACAAAUGCACCACUCCAUGAGAACGUGGAGCUUUCCAUGAGUGUGACUACCGACGCCGCAUUGGUGGAGGAGGAUAACAAGCCCAGAAUUGAGACUGAUCAGGAGGAGUCGGUGGAAACCACGGUGGUGCCUGUUUACCAAUACGUUAGCAAUACAGCGCCCAUUGUCACGGAGCCGCAGCCCGAAUUUACUACGGUGGUGCCACAAGUAAAGGAAGAGGUGGCCACCACUGAGGUUGCGAUUGAGGAAACUACAGAACUGCCACUAGUUUCGUCCACCACUGAGGAGGAAACCACUGCACCAGCUCCUAGCACCACCACUUCAACCACCGAGACUGUUCUGGUCAGCACCAAGGUGGAAACAUUGCAGAAUGUCCAGCCAGAAACCACCACGAGUGCUUCGGACACCACAACCACUGAAGCUCCAACUACGACGAGUAUCACCACCACCACUGAAGCUCCAACUACGACGAGUAUCACCAGUACCACAGAAGCUCCAGCUACGACGAGUAGCACCAGCACCACCAGUGAUGAAACCACGACAAGUACCACCAGCACAACCAGUGCUCCAGCCACAACCACCAGCACCACCAGUGCUCCAAGCACAACCACCACCACAGAACGCCCCAUUCAGACGCGAGCUCCGCGUGUGGAGCGAAUCUUCAACUCGGACGGAGUGGAGGUGCUCUACGGAUACUCGUCGGUGGUGCGGACCAACCGCUCGUGAGUGGUCGACACCACACGACCUUGUCAAGGUUGGACAACUUGCCAUUAUGUGAAGAUUGAUGCUCGGGUUAUUUUAGGCAAUUUUCAAUUCUAAACGAGUUAUAAACAGAAAUAUUUAAAUUUUAUGCGACGGGCCGCACAGUGUGAUAAACCAAAAAAAAAAAGAAACAAAUAACAAU